AUGUCUUACAGCGUGACCCUGACCGGGCCCGGGCCCUGGGGCUUCCGUCUGCAGGGCGGCAAGGACUUCAACAUGCCCCUCACUAUCUCCCGGAUCACGCCGGGCAGCAAGGCAGCCCAGUCCCAGCUCAGCCAGGGUGACCUUGUGGUGGCCAUUGACGGCGUCAACACAGACACCAUGACCCACCUGGAGGCCCAGAACAAGAUCAAGUCUGCCAGCUACAACCUGAGUCUCACCCUGCAGAAGUCGAAGCGUCCCAUUCCCAUCUCCACGUCAGCACCCCCUGUCCAGUCCCCUCUGCCAGUGAUCCCCCACCAGAAGGUGGUAACCAACUCUCCAGCCAAUACCGACUACCAGGAACGCUUCAACCCCAGCGUGCUGAAAGACUCGGCCCUGUCCACCCACAAGCCCAUUGAGGUGAAGGGGCUGGGCGGCAAGGCCACCAUCAUCCACGCGCAGUACAACACGCCCAUCAGCAUGUACUCCCAGGACGCCAUCAUGGACGCCAUCGCCGGGCAGGCCCAGGCACAGGGCAGUGAUUUCAGUGGGAGCCUUCCCAUUAAAGACCUUGCCGUGGACAGUGCCUCUCCCGUGUACCAGGCUGUGGUUAAGAACCAGAACAAGCCAGAAGACGAGGCUGAGGAGUGGACCCGCCGUUCCUCCAACCUGCAGUCCCGCUCCUUCCGCAUCCUGGCCCAGAUGACGGGGACGGAAUACAUGCAAGACCCUGAUGAAGAAGCUCUGCGAAGGUCAAGGCCCCAGGCCUCUGCCCACAGCUCUGCAGCGACCACCUCUCCAGCACCCACCGCCCAUACCAGCUACAGUGAAGGCCCAUCUGUCCCUUCAUCCAAGCCCCGGGUUGUCACCACUGCCAGCAUCCGGCCUUCUGUCUACCAGCCAGUGCCUGCAUCUACCUACAGCCCUUCCCCAGGAGCCAAUUACAGUUCAACUCCCUACACCCCCUCACCAGCUCCUACCUACACCCCCUCUCCUGCCCCCACCUACUCUCCCUCCCCAGCACCAGCCUAUGCCCCCUCCCCUGCCCCAAACUAUAACCCUGCACCCUCAGCGUCCUAUAGUGGGGGCCCUGCUGAGCCUGCCAGCCGUCCCCCCUGGGUAACAGAUGACAGCUUCUCCCAGAAGUUUGCCCCUGGCAAGAGCACCACCUCCAUCAGCAAGCAGACCCUGCACCGAGGAGCCCCGGCCUACACCCCGACAGGUUCCCAGGUGUCCCCGCUUGCCAGGGGCACCGUCCAGAGGGCUGAGCGCUUCCCAGCCAGCAGCCGGACUCCACUCUGCGGCCACUGCAACAGUGUCAUCCGGGGCCCUUUUCUAGUAGCCAUGGGCCGCUCCUGGCACCCAGAGGAGUUCAACUGUGCCUACUGCAAGACCUCCCUGGCAGACAUGUGCUUUGUGGAGGAGCAGAACAAUGUUUACUGCGAGCGGUGUUAUGAGCAGUUCUUUGCUCCACUCUGUGCCAAGUGCAACACCAAAAUCAUGGGGGAAGUGAUGCAUGCCCUGAGACAGACAUGGCACACCACCUGCUUCGUCUGUGCGGCCUGCAAGAAGCCCUUUGGGAACAGCCUCUUCCACAUGGAGGACGGGGAGCCCUACUGCGAAAAAGACUACGUCAACCUGUUCAGCACCAAGUGUCAUGGCUGCGAUUUCCCUGUGGAAGCUGGUGACAAGUUUAUUGAAGCCCUGGGACAUACCUGGCAUGACACCUGCUUCAUUUGCGCAGUCUGCCAUGUGAAUCUGGAGGGGCAGCCGUUCUACUCCAAGAAGGACAAGCCCCUGUGCAAGAAGCACGCACACGCCAUCAACGUGUAGGGAGCCAGGGUGUCCGUGCAGAAGACGCCCAAGGCUGUUCCUGCUGCUGGCAACAAAGGAUUCAAUGAGGCUGAUGUUUCUUUUAGGGGGAAAGGGAGAAGAGAGGAAGCGAUUGAGGCCUUUUGAGGUAUAAUUUUAGUCCUUUCUUUUGUACACAGAUUGUGUAUUUGCAUAGUUCAGACUAGAAGCCAAAUGAAGAUUCUAACCCAGCUAGUAAUUAAUCCAAGACUGAAAUUGUACUUCAAACAUUUAAGACAGAAUUCCGAGAACUCAAAAGUGAAAAAGAAAAAGCAACUUUCCCAAAGUGAUACACUUCCCUGUGGUCACCAGAGUAAGGACAAAGCUCAGAGCAGUUAUGGAGAAUCCAGAGUGUUCUGCAAAGCUCUUUAGAGUUCCUCUGGCAAACAAAGUGGAGUGCCAAACAGUACUGGCUCCAGGGUAUUUUUAGAGCCAUAGCCAAGAGCUUGUUAGCUGAGACCCAUUGGGCUUUCCUCACCAAAAAAGGAAGUGUUAUUCCAUUACUAGCGUCAUGGAGCUACCUCUGCACAUCAGACUUUGGACUGCAAGCAAACUUGACAUGUUCUGAAGGGAGCCCAGACAUCCAGAGAUGUCUUCUGGGAGCCACUGGGCAAUUGACAGGGCUCCAGGAAGGGUGCAGGCUCACACUGCAGACAGCUGAGUAAAGAUGGGCGCUUCAGCUACCCUCUUUCUGUUUAAACCAUCCAGUGUCUCCAGGAGGCUUAGCUCCUUUUUGAGUUGUGAUGGGAAAGUGGAAUUGGGUGUUUCAGUUUUGCUUUGCAGUGUGUGAGAGGAAAUUUUUAAAAAGACUCUGGGUUGUGUUUGGCCUUUGUUUUGCUUUACGAGGUUCAUUAGCAUGAGCGUCCAGUCCUGUGCAUGUAUUUCAUCCCCACCUGUGACUGUGACUGCUCACUUGUGAAGUCUUCCCCACCUCCCGCCAUGCUGUGCCAAACAGGCCUGGUGGCCUGUGGAAAAGAAGAGAGAGACCGUGUCGGAAAAGGAUGGCGGAAUAGGCUAACAUGCCCAGUCUCUGGGUGGGGAAGAGAAACCUUACUUUCUGCCAGCCUCAGUAAGAUCUUGUAAGCUGGCAGGACCUCCUACCUUCAGAUCUGCACCAUCUUUCUGUGUGCUCCUUUAAAGACAGCACCAGUUAUGCACAAUCAUGUUGACUGCUGGAAGGAAAGGAUGGAGUAUGUGUACGCAUUUGCCAUUUUGGCCAAUAUUUUGAAAGUGUAUGAGCUGAGUUGAUCUAGCAUUUAACUGUUUAUUGAAAUAGAAUUGGGCUUUCAAACUUCUUUAACAAUAUUAGUGGUAGUUUGAGUUAGAUAAGCAUCUUAAAGCUGUUUGGUGAUAAAGAGAGAAGCUUAGUUUCUGAGGUUGGAAAUUAUUUAGUCUCUUUCCUUUUUGGAAGCACUGUUAUUAUGUUCAUUGAAAACGGCAUUGAAGCAGGCAGCUUGUGUGGAUGUUUCUCACUUGAGUGCAAUAUUUAGGCACUCUUCCAACUCACUGCCACUCUCUCCUACUCCUGUUUUGGAUUUUCUCUUUGCAAACUUGAAAUAUUUUAUAGGAAUGCAUUAGAACUCUUUUUCUUCUGAGAACUGAGGUUUCCAGGGAACCACUAUUCUACCUAGGAGUGUCUCUUCUUCCUGACAUAGAAGGAAGCAGCUAGCUGUGUCCCUAGCAGGAAGCCCAUAUGUUUUCCAAGUGUGAAUCCACCAGCCUCCCCAGGGAGCACCGAGGAGCAAUACAAACAGCGUGCCUAGCACAGGGCUUUUCUUUACCUUCAGUGCGGCGAGAAAGUGAUUACAAAGCACCAGGCAGAGUAAAUCUUCUGGGACUGCCUCGAGAUUUGUCAGGAGUUGGAAACAAGUACCUUGGAGCAUUCUGUUAUUUUUGGAAAGUUCAAAUAUACAGGGACAAGGAGUUUGCUGACUGUUCAGAAAGGUUCUAGGCAGGUUUUCUCCAAAAACAAUCUAUUAAAUAUCAGGGAUUGGUCUCGAGGAAAGAAAGAAAAGUUUUCUAGAGUUAAAAUUCCAAGAUCUCUUUUUAAAGGUUACACACACACACACACACACACACACACA